AGCUCAACCACGCGCGCUCAACCACGUGGAAGGAAAACUGAAGCAGAUGAUUCCGUUUGGUUGUAAGAAGAGGGGGACAUCAACUCUGGAGGCUGAAAUAAUUGCUAGCAGAUUGUUAUCCAGCCUUUCUUCCUUCUGCUAUCGGCUUAUCCAUUGCUGCUAAUUGUUCUGUGAGUGAGAUGAAUCUUGCCGAUCCGCGUGGAGAUUUGCGUACCACCUUGUCCAACCUCGACGUUUAUGCCAUUAUUCUCACUGUAUGAAUGAACCACCUAGUAAUUAUUUCAUGGGCUUGACAAUUCUACAAUGUUACAUGGAAGUGCUUAUUUAACUCUGAAAAGAAACAUCAGGUAUUUUGAUUAAGACCAUGUAACAUCAGUGAUGGAUUAUGAUCAUCAAUGGAAUCCUAAAAAUGAAAUUCUGGAAUCUUGAGCGCCGAAUAGGUGAAUUUGUUGACAGUUUGAUCUCGACUUAUAGGCAAACACGUGAAGUGAUUUGCUCGAACUCACCUGUGAUCGCCACCCCUACGGCAUGACGUCAUGAGGUUGGGUGUCCGGAGUGUGACGUCAGGUCUCUGGUGAAUGUCGCCGGCGAAGGAGGAGUAAAAACGGGGAGUGGCUACGGUCGGUCCGCGCGGUGCUGUACGGGCGAGAACCUCCCCCCUCGGAUCCUUCUUUCCUCCUUCUUGUCUUAACUCUGGGAGACCUCCUCUCUCCCCAACCGGUGACAACAACGGUAGUGGUUGGCGCGGCGGGCUGACCUGUCUUGUCGUGGUCUUCUUUUCGCGUUCGUGUUGUUUUUUCCCUGCGGUGCCGCUGCUACAGACGGUGGUCCCGCGACGGCCCUCCGCAUGACUACCACGACGUCUUCGGCGGACAGCGGCGGUGGUGGCGGCGCGACCGUGGUGUCGUCUCCAUCGCCACCCAACUUACUUCUUCAGGUACCCAGUGUGGCGGGGCAGCAACGACUUUGUGGCGGCCCAGGUCCGGGACAUUCUCCCGUGUCCCCCGCCCCUGGGGCUCAAGUCCAGCUGGCCAGGCCGACUCUACUUAUGGACGUGGCCAUCCGUUGCACAGCUCCUAACUGCUCCUGUGAUUGCUUUUCUCCGUGCAAAGCUCAAAUCCGCAUGUGUGAUGGUUGCGGACAUGGCUGGGUUAGUCAUGCUUUGGACAAACUUGGCUUCCGCCACUUGUUCAACUGCCACCAAGUGGAGUUGGUUCAACCCAGCAUAGCUUUCGAUGUUGCGUCCCUCAUGCUGUACGGGACCCAGGCUAUUCCCGUUCGUCUGAAGAUCUUACUGGAUCGACUCUUCAGCGUUCUCCAGCACGAGGAAGUCUUGCAGGUCCUGCACGGUUUUGGCUGGACGUACGAAGACUAUGCCAGGGGCUAUAUUAUACAGGAUCCCGCUGGUUUAGUGCUAGAUAGAUGGUUAUUAGCUUCAAGGGAAGAGGAGCCUCUAAUUCUUCAACAGUUCCUACGUUUCGGUGAGACGAAAGCCGUAGCCCAGCAGUUAUUACUUCAGGAGAGUAGUGAGAGGACUGAAUUCGUAAUCCAGCCUCCAAGAACAGAAUCGGACAUAAAAAAAUUCAUCGAAAGAACAAACAGAACUGUGGUUGGUAGCCCAUUAUUCAAACAGCAUGGCAGUCAUAUCUAUAGUCAUGUGACAUGCAUGCCAACUUUGCCAAUGGUUGGGCAAAAGACAGCAUUUCGUCAUCCUUCAUCCAGUGUUAGUUCUUCUCACUCAGUUUCCCCAACUGCGUCUUCUCCUGUGAAUUGUACGAGCCCCAUUGCUGUGUCGCCUCUGAAUAAAUUACAAAAUAUGCAGCCCUAUGAUUUUCGGCGAGAUAAAAGUAGUCCGGAACUUCCAAAAAACGAAAUGACUUCAAAUCCCUGUCCAUCAUAUACAGUGGGCUCUCUCACUUCCCCUACAUCAUCCGUCCCUAACGUUAGUCUCACGACCUCUAGUCUUACCAUUGCCUCUAAUGCGAACCACUCGUCCACAUAUACAACAUCAAGCUCUAAAGAAGAUAUCGAUAUUAAAGAAGAAGUUGCGUAUUAUUCUGAUGAGGAAGAAAAGGAUGAUUUAACUAACGGUGCCAUUAAUUUAACAAGAUCGUCAAUUUCAUCCAGCUACAUGGACUCUGUUUUCGCAGCUAAAAAAGUAAGACAUCUACGGAAAUCAGCUAAUCCGAUGAAAAGGCGAUGGAAUCCUAUUGUAUUGGCCACUCUGUCAACAAAUCCUGCUACGGGCAAAAAAAGGGUGCAGUGUCACGUGUGUCUUAAAACAUUCUGUGAUAAAGGUGCUUUGAAAAUUCAUUUUAGCGCUGUUCAUCUAAGAGAGAUGCACAAAUGCACUGUUGAAGGUUGCAAUAUGAUGUUCAGUUCACGAAGGAGCAGAAACAGGCACAGUGCCAAUCCUAACCCGAAAUUACAUACUCCAAACUACAGGAGAAAAAUAAAUCCUCAUGACGGCAGGGCCGCUAAUCCUUACCCACUUAUGCCACCAAGUGGUAUUUUAGACUUUACCAAUGGUGUGAUAUCGUAUUCAUCAGGUCCACAGGAUGGUGACAGCAGUUCAGUAUCGGAUGAAGAGCAAAGGAUGGUAACGAGGUCAGUAAAUGCUCCUUUGGACCAUAGAAAUGAACCAAAUCCUACCGUUGAAGUUCCUGAAAAACCGCCUGUAACGGAAGAAGACGUAGCCCUCCCUCUAACUAAGAAAUUUCGCAUUGAACAAGAUGUGACAGAUAACUGUAAAGAUGAGGGCAUAGAUCUCAGCAUGAAAGAAGACCGCCGUGCAUCAGAUAGAUUUCCACGGGACAUUGGUGAACGCGUUGCCGUUAUUGAUAAAUCACCAGAGCCUUUAGAAUUAUCCAAAAAGGCAGAAGAAACUAAAACUUCAACUAUCUCGGACAGUAUGAAAGAAGAUAAACCAGAAUCUGAACGCCAAAGUAUUAUUAAAUCUGAACAUUCUAAUUUUGAGUCUCAUUCUGGGGAGAAAGAUCGAACUCCGACAUCCACAAAAGGAGUCCGUAAGCGGAAAAGCCUAAAUCCUACAAAAUGUCCUACUACUAGCGACGAUGACUUACAGUUUGUUUCAUCAGAUGAUUCAUCAAGCGAUACAUAUAUUGACCAAGAUAAUGAUGAAAAUGGGUUAUUAGACUCCAAAUCUGACUAUUUAACGUCGGAUGGUUCCGACUCGAUUAAUGAUAUUGAUGAUCUUGAUGAUAAUUCCGAAAAUGGAGGGGAAAAGAAAGACGAGAAACCACAAACAUGCAGGAAAUCUGAAACUCCACCAUCGUCAUCAGUAGUUGUUACCACAGCGCAAACUUCUUCUGAAAAGAACAAUGUGGAAAGGGUAUUGCCUAAUCAAGAAAGGUACAAUGGUUUUAAUGUAUCUAAUUUGGAAAAAUUUAGGUAUGAAAUGUCCAUAAACCAAGUUAGAGACAAUGAUGAUAUAAGUGAAGACCCAUUGAGACAUUUAGAAUCACUAUCUUUAGGAGCUUUUACAAAUAUUAUGAAUCUAAAUAAUAGAGUCAAUUUAAGUCAACAUGGAACUAAUAUAUCAAGUGGAGUCUCUUAUCACGCUCCUGGACUUGGACUUGCAUCUAUAACGACUACAACUGCUCCUAACCGCGUCGAAUCUCCUGCAAUGAACAGAAUUCCCCCUUUGAUUAGUAACUCUGGAUCUCAUCCCCAUCCUCCUCCACCUCUCACUUCGAACUGCCAUCUCAAUAGCAGUGACACAGAAAACUCCAUGUCUGAUCAGCAGAUGCCGUUACCUCCUGUCUACAGGGAUGCUUCUAUGAUAGGGUCUGUUGAGAUCCCCGUAGACAAGGAGAACCCUCGAAGAUGCACUGCUUGUGGAAAGAUUUUUCAGAACCACUUUGGAGUCAAGACUCAUUAUCAAAAUGUUCAUUUAAAACUCAUGCAUAAGUGCACAGUAGAAGGCUGCAACGCUGCUUUUCCAUCUAAACGGAGCCGAGAUCGUCAUAGUGCAAAUUUAAACUUACAUCGAAAACUACUUUCAACAUCAUCAGACAAAUCUGCAGGCGGAUAUUUUGACAAAAGUAGUUCUUUGUAUCCUUUCCAUCCCGAUACCUAUCGUGGGGACUUAUUCACUCGUUUCUAUGACCCAAACUCUCUUCCUAUGAGCUUCGCUGACAUUUAUCAAAGUCGAUUAACUACAGAGGGCGCUGGAGCACCUUUCAUUGGAGGUUCUCCUUUUGCUCAUUUACCCGGUGCAAUGCCUGGUUUUCACCCUGCAUUCUUACCGCCUUCUACAACAGUACCGAAUUAUAAAAACGAUAAUGUUAGCAGAUAUCAUCAUCGCAAUGAUGAGAACAGUGGUCGCAACAGCUCAGUGAGUUCUAUCAGCAAUCCAUCUUCACCAGGACCGUCUUUGCGCGGCUCUCCAAGGACUGGCUCAGGUAGCUCGCCUUUCGUAAAGUUAGAAGAGGAUUUGGCUCCAGAUUCGGACGGUAGGUUUGCUUGCACAAUUUGCGAAAAAAAGUUCCACGAAGGGGUUGUUCUCCGGGAACAUUAUGAAAGGUACCAUACGCAAGCCCUACUCCAUUGUACAAUGAAUGGAUGCAAUAAAGUGUUCCUUUCCCGGCAGGCUCGAAAUAUCCACAGUGAUAAUUUACACAAAGAGAAAAAUUCUGAUGCUACGUAGCAGAUAUUUCUUCUUUUUUUUUUUUUAAAAAAAGAAAACAAACACUUGUGAUUUGAAGUAUAUUAUGUGCCAACACAGAUUUGUUCCUGUUCAAAAUAUUUUUUUUGAGAAGAAUUUUGCCGAAAGUUGCAAAUUAGAAAAUUUAAUCCUUGGUUUAUUCAGUUGUUUUGCAUACUAAAUUACAAAAACACAGAUAAUGUAAGUCAUAGGUGUUAUACACUUCAAGUAAAGCAAAUAUAUUAUUUUACAAUAUUUGCUUCAAAAUCUCAGUAUAGAUUAUUUUUAUGUAUUCUUUAUGUUAGUAUUUUUAAUCAAAAUAGUUCCUCUUCCUUAUAUUUUCUUUGAAACUCGAGUGUGUGCCAACUUUUAUAAAAGUCCAAAAACUUUUGCCCUGGCAUUUUUUUUUUUUUUUUAAAUGGAAAAUUCUUUUUAGUUUAAGUUACCCGGAAUUAUUGGGGUAUUUCAAUGGAGUAUAUGUUUAUAACAUAGAAUUUUUCUAAUUUCGAAUAUGUUCAUAUAUUUGUAUAGAAAUAUGUACAUAAAAAUUGAUAAAAGCUAAUGUUUAAGUGUGUCUAUAAAAGCAGGUUUCUCCGAAAUUUAUUAUUAAGAAAGAGCUCCAAACUAUUGUUAUAAUCCAAAGAUUCAGUGUAACAUACAGCACCGUGGUAAUAUGCACGUAUUCCCAUGUGUCAACGAUUGUAGAGCAUAGAUAUUUUAACUGUGCCAAUAGCGUCGAAGCAUGCCAAACAUUUUUACAGCGACGGUAAUUGGAAAUUGCUUUGGUAGAUAAAAGACAGGCAGAUGGAAUGAAAAUUUCUCAUUCUGUUGACGUUUCUAGUUCUUCAACGAGCCGUGAUCCCUGUCUUAUUGCAUAGCCAACGAGAAUUAAAAGAGAACCACUGUGAAGUACAAACUGAGGCAUUUAUAGCUUUCUCUUGAAGAUGCAAUAAAAUCAUCUUCCCCAUUCAAGUUUUACCGCUAUAUUUAAAACUCUGCUGUUGACUUUGUCAAUAUUAAAAACCAUCAAUGUUUAAGUUAUUAAUUUCCCCAUUUGUAUCAUAUGUCCCUCUGCUACAUUUAUUGUUGCAAUUCAUUUUUCUUUAUGGUACUUCAAUAAAGUACUAGAAUUGA